AUGUCGCAAUCCAAAACCCGCCGGCAUCAAGACAAGCCCGACAAGCUAAACUUUUUCGCCCAGAAAAAAGUGGCGGCCCUGGCGAGACAACUAGUCGCGGCAGAUCACCAAGAUGGCGCCGACCUCUCAGGGGGAAGCAGCCCGAGGUCAGAGGCAGAAUCACUGCACGACGGGGAACCACUCACUGCAGCCUUCCUAAAACGGGCUCUGGACGAACAAUCCCAAAGACUGGUAGCCACCUGGCAAUCCAGCGUUGCAGAACUGAAACGAGACCUGCAAGACGUUGGAGCUCGUACAGCGCACGUGGAGGCCAAAAUGGAAGACCUAGUCGACGCGCACAACACGUCCGCAGAGCACAUCAAAUCCCUCACCGACCAACUUCAGAAAUGUGAAGCAAAGCUCAUGGACCUGGAAGAUAGAUCCAGAAGGAGCAAUAUUAGGCUGAGGAGUAUACCAGAGACGGUCCUCCCAGCAGACCUGCCUAGCCAUGUACAUGGCUUUUUCAAACUCCUAACCCCAGAAAUACCCGCUGACAUGCUGCUGCUGGAUCGCCUGCAUAGGGUCCCAAAACCCCAACACAUAGCUACAUCCUUACCCAGAGAUGUGCUGUUGAAAGCACACUACUUCCAC